CGAGUCCCGCCCCGCCUUCUUGGGACCGCCCGGCCCCAGCAGCCAGAGACCCCGCGCCCGCCGCCGCCCGCCGGGCUCGCGCGGGAGAGCUGGGAGGAGAAACUUUGCCUUUUAUUGUUGUUUCUAGUCCUUAAGUGCAAGGAACUCUGUUCGGAGGAAAAAUGUCCUUCUUCAAUUUCCGUAAGAUCUUCAAGUUGGGGAGCGAGAAGAAGAAGAAGCAAUACGAACAUGUGAAGAGGGACCUGAACCCCGAGGAGUUUUGGGAAAUUAUAGGAGAACUAGGCGACGGAGCCUUUGGGAAAGUGUACAAGGCACAGAAUAAAGAGACCAAUGUUUUAGCAGCUGCAAAGGUGAUUGACACUAAAUCUGAAGAAGAACUUGAAGAUUAUAUGGUUGAGAUUGAUAUAUUAGCAUCUUGUGAUCACCCAAACAUAGUCAAGCUUCUAGAUGCUUUCUAUUAUGAAAACAAUCUUUGGAUCCUCAUUGAAUUUUGUGCAGGUGGAGCAGUAGAUGCUGUGAUGCUUGAACUUGAGAGACCAUUAACUGAGUCCCAAAUACAAGUAGUUUGCAAGCAGACUUUAGAGGCAUUGAACUACUUACAUGAUAAUAAAAUCAUCCAUAGAGAUCUAAAAGCUGGCAACAUUCUUUUUACCUUAGAUGGAGAUAUUAAAUUGGCGGAUUUUGGAGUAUCAGCUAAAAACACAAGGACAAUUCAAAGAAGGGAUUCUUUUAUUGGCACUCCAUAUUGGAUGGCUCCUGAAGUAGUCAUGUGUGAGACGUCGAAGGACAGACCCUAUGACUAUAAAGCUGAUGUUUGGUCCCUGGGUAUCACUUUAAUAGAAAUGGCUGAGAUAGAACCACCUCAUCAUGAGUUAAAUCCAAUGCGAGUGCUGCUAAAAAUAGCAAAAUCUGAACCUCCUACAUUAGCACAGCCAUCACGAUGGUCUUCAAAUUUUAAGGACUUUCUAAAGAAAUGCUUGGAAAAGAAUGUGGAUGCCAGGUGGACUACAUCUCAACUACUGCAGCAUCCCUUUGUUACUGUUGAUUCCAAUAAACCAAUCCGAGAAUUGAUAGCAGAAGCAAAGGCUGAAGUAACAGAAGAAGUUGAAGAUGGCAAAGAGGAAGAUGAUGAUGAGGAAACAGAAAAUUCUCUGCCAAUACCUGCAAGUAAGCGUGCUUCCUCUGACCUUAGUAUUGCCAGUUCGGAAGAAGAUAAACUUUCACAAAAUGCUUGUAUUUUGGAGUCUGUCUCAGAAAAAACAGAACGCAAUUCUUCUGGGGAUAAUUUUAGCAGCAAAGUUCUUAAUGAAAAACUCACCACUGAUGAAGCUGAAAAGGCUGUGGAGGGUAUUAACGAAGAUACAAAUGAUGCUCAUUUAGAAGCUGUGUCUGAAUACCAUGAUAGACCAACAGUAAUCCAGGACAGUGAGAGAGACAAGAGACUCAAGUUGGAAAAUCUGCCUGACAUAGAAGAUCAGGCAGCUGUGGGCAUUAAUUCAGUCAAUGAAGGAGAAGAGAAUAAUGUAACAGUAAUUUUAGAAACAAAUAACAAACAUAAUUGGAAACAGGAGGGAGAAAAGGAUCAGGAUAAACAACAGAUACUUGAAAAUAAAUUUAUAAAAUCUGAAGAAAUGAAAGAUUCUACUAUUCAGACAGUUGAUUUAGUUUCUCAAGAGACUGGGGAAAAAGAGGCAGAUAUUCUGGUAGUUGACAAUGAAGUUGGGCUUACAAAGGAGGACACCCCAGAGAAAUUGGAAAAAGAUGACAGAACUCAAAAUGAUAUGAUCAAUGAUAGUAGCAACGUGGUAGAUAGUAGCAAGGUGAUAGAUAGUAGCAAAGUGACAAAUGAGGCAACAAAUGUUGCUGAGAAGGCAGUUGAAAACAAUAUUGAGGUUGUUCAGACUAAUGAUGGGAAAGAAGUGGUUGAAGUAGCCCAGAAAGUAAUAGAUAAGCCCAUGGAAGGUCCUGAGGUUUGUGGUACUAAGGAGGUUCCUCCUACUAAAGAAAUAGUUGAGACUAAAGAUGUAGAUGAAAGAUCUGUAGAAGUUAAAAGUGAAGAACAACUAGUCAACAGUUCAGAGAACAUAUUGGAGACCAAUGAAGAACCAGAGACAAAUGAAGUUGAGGAAGUUAGUGAGUUAAGUGGCACUGAAGAAAUAGAGGUCAGAAGUGCAGUGAUUGAUACUGAACAAAAGGCUGUAGGAAGUGAAACUCAGGAUGCUCAGGAAGCCACUGCUCAGAUAGAGACAGAGAAGAAAGAAAUUCCACGUGAAGUGCCAAUUGAAAUAGAACCUCAAGUUCCUGCAACUUCAAAGCCCAGUGAACCUCAGCCUGUUUCAAUACCCAGUAUUAAUAUCAACUCUGAAGAUGCAGAAAAUAAAGGAGAAAUAGGUGCUUUAUCAAAAACUGAAACCAUACUGCUACCAGAAUCUGAGAAUCAGAAGGAAAAUGAUACUGAUUCAGGCACUGGUUCCACUGCUGAUAAUAGCAGCAUUGACUUGAAUUUAUCCAUCUCUAGCUUCCUAAGUAAAACUAAAGACAGUGGGUCAAUAUCUUUACAAGAAACAAGAAGACAAAAGAAAACAUUGAAGAAAACACGCAAAUUUAUUGUCGAUGGUGUAGAAGUGAGUGUAACAACAUCGAAGAUAGUUACAGACAGUGACUCCAAAACUGAGGAAUUGAGGUUUCUCAGACGUCAGGAACUUCGAGAGUUAAGAUUUCUUCAGAAAGAAGAGCAAAGAGCCCAGCAACAGCUCAAUAGCAAGCUGCAGCAACAACGAGAACAAAUAUUCCGGCGCUUUGAGCAAGAAAUGAUGGGUAAAAAGCGACAAUAUGACCAGGAAAUUGAGAAUCUAGAAAAGCAGCAGAAACAGACUAUUGAACGACUAGAACAAGAACACACAAAUCGCCUACGAGAUGAAGCCAAACGCAUUAAAGGAGAACAAGAAAAAGAGCUAUCCAAAUUUCAGAAUAUGCUGAAGAACCGAAAGAAGGAGGUUAUAAAUGAAGUGGAGAAAGCACCCAAAGAGCUGAGAAAAGAGCUCAUGAAACGCAGGAAAGAGGAGCUUGCACAAAGCCAGCAUGCUCAGGAACAAGAAUUUGUUCAGAAGCAACAACAAGAAUUAGAUGGCUCUUUGAAAAAGAUCAUCCAACAGCAGAAGGCAGAGUUGGCUAAUAUCGAGAGAGAGUGCCUGAAUAACAAACAGCAGCUCAUGAGAGCUCGAGAAGCUGCAAUUUGGGAGCUUGAAGAACGGCACUUACAAGAAAAACACCAGCUGCUGAAACAGCAACUUAAAGAUCAGUAUUUCAUGCAAAGACAUCAGCUACUAAAGCGCCAUGAAAAGGAAACAGAACAAAUGCAGCGUUACAAUCAACGACUUAUUGAGGAAUUGAAAAACAGACAGACUCAAGAAAGAGCGAGGCUGCCCAAGAUUCAGCGUAGUGAAGCCAAGACUCGAAUGGCCAUGUUUAAAAAAAGUUUGAGAAUUAACUCAACAGCCACACCAGACCAGGACCGAGACAAAAUUAAACAGUUUGCUGCACAAGAAGAAAAGAGGCAGAAAAAUGAGAGAAUGGCUCAACAUCAAAAACAUGAAAAUCAAAUGCGGGAUCUUCAGUUGCAGUGUGAAGCCAAUGUCCGAGAAUUGCACCAACUGCAGAAUGAAAAAUGCCACCUGUUGGUUGAGCAUGAGACCCAGAAACUCAAGGAGUUAGAUGAAGAACAUAGCCAAGAAUUAAAGGAAUGGAGAGAGAAAUUGAGACCUAGGAAAAAGACACUGGAAGAAGAGUUUGCCAGGAAACUGCAGGAACAGGAAGUAUUCUUUAAAAUGACUGGGGAGUCGGAAUGCCUUAACCCAUCAACACAGAGCCGGAUUUCCAAGUUCUAUCCUAUUCCUAGCUUGCAUUCCACUGGAUCAUAACAAUGGGAAGCAUUCUGUGGUUGGGUUUAGCUUUUUAAAUAUGUCAUUUUUUUUCUUUUUCAUCUUCUGUCACAUUCUGUAUAUCAAAUAUAGCUCAUGAAGACAAUCACCUGCCUCACCUCCUAGGUGGUUUAUGUUGUUGUUGUUUGUUUGCUUUUUUAAAGCAAAGAUGAAGGGAAAACGAACUAAGACAGAUGCUAGGCCUCGUUGGCAAAGUAGCAUCUUGCAGUAAUUCCCUAAGGUGAUUUUGUAUAUCCCUUAAAUAUUGUAUUCUUUAGACACUGUUACUGAAAAACUGUUAAGAGAAAUAAUGUUUAAAGUUAUUAAAAAGAAAAAACUUGUUACAUCACUAAGUAUUAAUAAAUAUCUUUUUACCUGACCUAACUUCUCAGUGAUGCCUGUAUUCUAGAGUUGGAACUCUACUAUAGAGAGUUAGAAUAAUUUUCUUUUGGUGAAUCAGCUCUCAUGAAAAAGCUACAAGUUGAUCAGAAUAUGCUGUUGACUUAGUAAAUAAAUACAUUUUAUCAUCAAACAUGAACAAACUUAAAAAAUUUUCUUCCAAUAAAAUUUGCCUAUUUAGGUGGGAACUAUUAAUCAAGGUGCUAGUUUUAUUAAAAUAGUGCCUAAAACACUAAAUUUCAAUCACCUAAAAAAUCUUUUUGAUCAACAGGGACAAGACACCCUUAGCAUUGAACAUUAUCAUUUAAAAAUCUUGCUCAUAUUACCAUUUAAUAGAAAAUUUUAUCUUGAAAUAUAUGUGGUACAAAGUAUAGAAAGAUUAAAAAACAUAGCUGUUAAAUGUGCAAAUUGGAAAUAUAAAACUGCAUUGAAAUACAGAUUUAAUUGUCCUAGUUUAUUUCCAAAAAUAAAACAUGAGCUGGUUAAUGCUUUACAUCUUAGCAAAUUCUGUUCAUUUAAAACUCUGAGAGGCCUGUAGGCUCUGGGUUGUAUUUAUAAAUAUAUUUUCUGAAAUUAAUUUUAAAAGUAUUUGUUCAAAGUAAUUUUUUUAAAAAGGAUUUGUGUUAAGUAUUUAGGCACACAUCAGAAAUUACUUUUUGUUGUUUUGAAAUGAGGUUACUUACAUUUUGGUUUUAUUUUGUUCCAUGUUUAAAUUAUUUACUUUGAGUGGGGAAAGCCCCUCUAUCAUGUGGAUGCUGAUAUGUGUAGUUAUUGAUGAAAUGUACAGUCUUGGUCCCUUUUGAGGCCUAGAAUUUCUACCAUGUGUCAGGUCAAACAGUAUUAUGAAUUGUCCUCUGGUGUGUGAGACAGCACAUUUAUAAAUGAUGCUCUCUGCCUGCCAUUUGCAACCUAUUCUGUUUUAAGAGUGCUAGGUACCAAAUUGUAAACAUUUCACUUUUUAGUUAGAUACUUUUGAGGCUGGUGAAACAUUUAAAUGUAACAUUUGGGAACACUGAUUCAUAUUAAGAAAAUGUAAAAUGUCUGUAGCACUUUCUUGCAGUUUAUGUGAAAACUUUGGAUGCUGAACUUUAUUUUGUCAGUGGUUUAGGUGAUUUAAAAAUGCAUGUGGAAUUUUAAUUUUGUAACUGUUUUGAAAGACAUAAUUUACUUGGACAAAACUAUAGGUAGCCUUAACUUCUGGCCAAGUUUGUUUUUUUAUAUAAAUAUAAAUAUAUGUAUACACACACGUAUAUAUUAUGUAUGGUUGUAAAUUCAUACGCUUAUCAUAUGAAUAUGUUACUGUAUACAAAACUUUUAAUGCUUUAUUCUCAUGUUGGGUUGGAAACUUUUGAAAGCCUUUAAAAAUAUAUAUCUUUAUAAAGUAAUAUUCAGGGUGAUGAUGGAAAUUGUUUAUAUUGUUAUGAUAAAAAUAAUGGUAUAAUAUUGCGCAGUGUAUUUAAUGACUUUUGUGAAAUGAGAGAUGGGAGAAAAGCUCUCUCACUUUCACCUUUGAAAUUUUCAGUUAAUUGGCUUUUUACAAAGAAAUACUUCAGGCAAUGGACAUUUUUUCAGUAUUUUUUUAAUCAUUUUUUCAGUAUCAAAUAAUUUAAGGUAUCAUUUUAUCUGAAUAUUUGAGUCUUUCUAUUCCUUUCCCCCUGAAUUUCAGAGUAUUGAAUCCAGAGAGAGGCUCAGAGUGGAGCUGGGUAGUUCAUGUGCAGCCCUUUAUCUCCCUUAAACCUGCCCUUUGUACUCAUACUGAGUUCUCUUUCAUACAUGAUCAUCUUUGUGUGGGUUCAGGACUAUACAGUGAUAUGUACGUAGAGAAGAAACAUUCAUUUUAAUACUUCAGGUUAUAGAAAUCUUUACAAAGUGUUUUGUUAUAGAACAUGAUAUUUGUACGCAUACCUGCCCACUUUUUGUUAAGGCCUUAAAUAGAAAUUGGUGAUCUUUCUUUCUUGCAUGAAGGGUAGAGGAGUGGGUCAGGGGCACAGACUUUUUUGAAAUCAGAGUGCAGUCAAAUCCAUCCCUGCCUUGUUUUAUUGCUGAGGUCAAAUGUGCUAUGAAAUACAUAAAAAUAAUUCUCCAUAUGUGCACCCUGAACAGUCGCCUCCUCCCCUUGUCUCUGCGUACUGUGGAAACACCACACCUCCACACUUCUGCAGGCCCAGCUCCUGUAGUGUGGAGCAUUGGGCUGCUUUUCCUAGUCCUGUCAGUCCAUAGGUUAUGGAUUGCUGAAUUAGCUGCUAUUCUAGUUGGAGUCACAUUAAGCUUUUUCUUACCCUUUCUAUGGGGAAGCUCUAGGGUGGGUAAGAAGGACAUUUAGAGUACUUUUGAAAAUAUUGGAACCUUCCUAUGACAGGAUAUAGCAAAUUGUAAUUAAACAUAAACCAGAACCAGAGCUACCUCUAAGUAGUGUUUCCUUAAGCACAAAGCUCUCAGGCAUAUGAGACCCUCUUUAAUUGAGGGGCUCUGAUUUCUUGAGCAUCAGCAAGUUUCAGAAGUGACUGUUUUUUGUAUUCUUCCAGUUAUUUUGUACCUAUACACUUUUUCUCAUUCCAUACUGUUCACAUGACAAAGACUCUUUUAAGAAGCCAAAUUCGGUCAAAUUAUUAGCUAGGGAUAUUGGUGACUAAUGCAAAACCUAGAAUCCAGGGUAAAGAAGAGAGUUCCGGUUGUCUUCUGAUUAAGUAAAUCAAUUCUUUUCUGGGAAAUGAUCUUUUGUAGGAAAUGGGAUGAUAUUUUAAGUGCUUUUUUUACAUUGAAGGCACAACAGUUAAUGCCUGUAUUGUUGCUGUACUAUGGCUGACAUGGUUUUGAUAACUCUUUAGAAUUUCUGCUGCAAGGCUUGGAAUAGAGUGUUUUAUCAAUUUUAAAUGUUGGCUGCGGCUUUCUGUGAUCUUUUGCAGUGUAAUAAGCUCAUAAGCUGAAUUUCCAGAAAGAAUUUUUAGAUUAUGCCUCCUAUCUAUUUGGGAUCAACAUGUCUUUUCAAUCAUGGGAUUGACAAAUGAAAAAUAAAGUUAUUUCUUAAUCUA